AUGAUGUAUGCAAAAUAUUCAAAUCAAUCUGAUGAUGUUACUAGCUUAGCAACAUCAUCACAAGGCUCAUCACCAAAGCCACCAAGGCAAAUUUACUACGUACAAAGUCCUUCACGUGACUCUCACGAGGAGGACAAGUCAUCGACUACCGCCUCGGCCACUGCCAUCGCAACGCAGACGACAAACACCCCAGUUGGGCUAUGGAGCCCUGGGUCAUUGUCAUUGCUCUCUUUUUUCAAUCGUCAGUCAGCAGCGAGCCGAGUGAGUGGGCCUCAAGGGUACCGUAGAAAGAGGAGAGACAGGGAGAGGAUCCGGUUGUUGGGAGGGCGGAGACACGUGCCGGAGGAGGAGGAAGGAGAGAAGGAUUUGUAUGUGAAUUGGUGGAGUCAUGAGGAUGGGGAAGAGCUGUCUGGGAGUUGUAAGUUUGUGUUGGGGAUUAUGCUUUUUGUGUUGGUUUUUUCUGUGGCUUGUUUUAUAGUUUGGGGUGCUAGCAGACCUUAUGCUGCACAAGUUUUCCUCGAGGAUGUGAUGGUAAAUAAUUUCUAUAUUGGGGAAGGAACAGAUGAAACAGGAGUACCAACCAAAAUAUUGACAAUAAAUUGUUCAGUGAGAAUGAAAGUGCACAAUCCUGCUACUUUCUACGGCAUUCAAGUUAGCCACUCUGUUAUUAACCUUCGUUAUUAUCAUCUCACCAUUGCUUCUGGUCAGUUGGAGUCACAUUACCAACCCAGAAAAAGCUGGAGAACAAUGCAUAUAAACAUUGAGGGAAACAAAGUUCCUCUGUACGGAGCAGGUACAGCCUUCAUAGUUUCUGAUAAGGCCGAAGCUAUUCCCAUGAUAUUGGAGUGCGAGAUCAAGUCAGAAGGAGCUGUUGUGGGCAAGUUGGUAAAGAUAAGAAACCGACAGCAUCUAAGAUGUUCGUUGAACAUCAGUUCUUACACCACCAAGAUUGUUAAACUUGCAGAAAACUCUUGUAUAUAG